AUGCCAAAUUAUGGUGGAAGUCGGUUACGAGCUGUGGAAAGGGCUUUGAUGCUAGAGGCUGAUAAUAAAGAGAAGGAUGCAAGAAGAGAGCAGUUGAAGCAAAAAAGGGGUAUAGGGCCAUCUUCAAAGGGAUCUUCUUGGAAGAGGAACAAGAGUGGUUCAUUUCAGUUUCAGGGGCAGCAGUCUGCACGAUCUGCUCAUACCACUCUGUUGCCAGCUGGGUCUGAUAGGGGUGCAGUUGUUUGCUUUCAGUGCCAGCAGCCUGGACAUUACAAGUCCAAUUGUCCCAUGAGAUUGAUUUCAGUUUCUUCAACUCCGAAGGCUUGUUAUGGGUGUGGCCAACAGGGCCAUUUGAUUCGGGACUGUCCGAGUCAGGGAACAAGCACCACUAGUGGCAGAGGGUCACGGUAG